CAGAACUAGAGAUUUUCCCCACAGGGUAUACGUGUGUUUAUGUGCUUUUGAAUGGUUUCAGCGGUGCACGAAAUAUAAGCUGGAUGCGCGUCUGUGGCAACAACUAUAUUAAUGGCAACCGACCUCUUUUGAAACAUUGCAGUUCGGAGGGGAAUUCGUUUAAUAAUCUUUAAGAAUAGUUGUGACAGAUGAUGCGAGAAUUGUUGCGAGAAGAAAAAAUGAUUAUUCCUUGAAAAUGGUAAUAGUGAAAAGAGCGAAGAGAAUGGAAUUCUAUAGAAUUUGUGAAAGGAUUAUGUGAAAGAAAGAGGAUGAGAAAAGUAUUGCCAUGCGUAUACAUACAUAUAUUUGCGUAGAUGUGUAUGUGCAUGUACUAUGUGUUACAGUCCACUAGACGGUAUUUAUUUCUCAUGAGAUAGAUGUAUAUGUAUGUGCUUGGUGUGACGACAGAUAGUUGCACCUUUUAAGAGAUAGAGAGAAAUUGCCAAAAGUGCAUACACACGGCAACACGAUGGCGUCAAGCGACAAGAAAAAUAGCGAACGUUCUGGAAUUGAAAUCCAUUUGGAUGAUAUUCUUGAUUGCUUGCAUAUAAGAUAGAGUGAAAAGGUAUCAGAAUGAAAGAAUAGCAGUCGUAUCGUGAUAGAUUCUGGCGUCGUCUAAGAAGCGUUGAUGAUGAAAUUAUUUGGUUAAUCGUGAAAAGGACAGUUUGUGACAAGAACAUAACGCGAUAAAAUUUUGAGAAAUAUUUACUAGUAAAUAGAGAAAAUAUUUAUUAUUAUUUUGACGAGAGAUUGUUGAAAGACAGUGAGUCCAUCUACUCUACUUUUUGUAGAAGUAGAGAUAAGUGUAUAAAGAUUAGAAAUGGGUAAAUUAACAUAUUCUUUUUAUUGUAUAGACAGCAGAAUGGGAGGACAAGAUCUUUUGGACAGUUUAUGCAAGUCAAUUUCGCGCAUCAUGGAAUACUGCCAACAUACCGAGUUCAAAAACGCAACACUGGAGCAAGUGAAAGUUCGCGCUGAGAAGCUGGAAGCUUAUUAUGGACGAUUUGUAGAUACACAUGAGAAGCAGUUGGAUCAAGAUGCUAUACAAGCAAGUACAUAUGACGACAUCGCAGCUUUAGCGGAAUCGCGCUAUUUUACGGCACAAGCCCUGUUGGCUGUUAAGAUCAAGGAGCUCACACCUGUGUCAGCGGCAAUUUUGCAUGAGCAGCAGCCCUUCGCGGUCCAGAAAACACGCUGCUGGUGCUGGAGUAGAGUUACUUAUAAAAGUCGUAAUUAUUAA